CUUCCGGCCGCGGUCGGCGUCCUGGGAGGCAGAGCGACCGGGAGCUGUCCGGGUGGGGAGCGCGCGCUGCCUUCUUCCUCCUCCUUCUCCUCCUCCACCUCCUCCUCCUCCUCGGGGUGAGGGGAGCGCAGGCUGGGGCCCCGACCCCAUGGACCGGGAGGAGGCGGAGGCCGCCGAGAGCCGGGGCCGCGCUGUGCGGCCCUGAGCCCCGUGAACUGGUUCCGCCUUUCUGGAAGGCCAUGGAGAAGAGGCUGGGAGUCAAGCCAAGCCCUGCUUCCUGGAUUUUAUUGGGAUUUUGUUGGCAGAUAUCCGUGAAAUGGUUGAGAAGCCUGUACCUAUUUUAUACUUGCUUCUGCUUCAGCGCUCUAUGGUUGUCAACAGAUGCCAGUGAGAGCAGGUGCCAGCAGGCGAAGACAGAAUUUGGAGUUGGCCUGAGAUCUGGGGGAGAAAAUCACCUCCGGCUUCUUGAAGGAACCUCCUCUCUCCAGUUGUGUUGGGCUGCCUGCUGCCAGGACUCUUCUUGCCAUGCCUUUUGGUGGUUAGAAGGGAUGUGCAUUCAGGCAGACUGCAGCAGGCCCCAGAGCUGCCGGGCUUUUAGGACAGACUCUUCCAAAUCCAUGCUGGUGUUUUUUAAAAAGUUCCAAACUGCAGAUGACUUGGGCUUUCCACCUGAAGAUGAUGUACCACAUAUUUUGGGGCUAGGUUGGAGCAGAACAUCUUGGAGGAGACAGAGACUACCCAGAGCUCUGCUCAGACCCACUGUAUCUUCCAGUGACCAUCAGAGCUUAACCAGGAAGCUUUGGAAGAGAGAGAGUCCCAGCGAAGAAGUAACCACAGAUAUAGUGACACAGCAUUCUGAAAUGAAUGACUCCAAGGAAGUAGGUUAUCUGAAUACCAGUGGUUCUGCAGAGGUUCACAAGGCAGUUAUAAUUUCCAGUCCCUUAACCACAGUCCUGACUGCGGAGAUUCCUGGUUGGUCAAAGAAUGAAUCAGCCCAACCUGAGACAUCAGAGUAUCCUGGUACUACACCUAGCACUCAGCAAGUAAAAAGUCUUGGGAAAAUCCAGAAUGCUACCCUUCUCCCCGUGGCUCCCUCCUACAGUUACACCACCCCUGACCCUCAGGCCUCUUUCCAGAGCACCUCAACACCAUACCCAGUUAUAAAGGAAUUGGUGGUAUCUGCUGGAAAGAGUGUCCAGAUCACCUUGCCUAAGAAUGAAGUUCAGUUAAAUGCAUACGUUCUCCAAGAACCACUUGAAGGAGAAACCUACACCUACGACUGGCAGCUGAUUACUCAUCCUAAAGACUACAGUGGAGAGAUGGAAGGGAAACAUUUCCAGAUCCUCAAACUAUCCAAGCUUACCCCUGGCUUAUAUGAAUUCAAAGUGAUUGUAGAUGGUCAAAAUUCCCAUGGGGAAGGCUAUGUGAACGUCACGGUGAAACCAGAGCCCCGGAAGAAUCGGCCUCCUGUUGCCAUUGUGUCACCACAGUUCCAGGAGAUCUCUCUGCCAACCACUUCCACAGUCAUUGAUGGCAGCCAAAGCACUGAUGAUGAUAAAAUCGUCCAGUACCAUUGGGAGGAACUUAAGGGACCUCUGAGAGAAGAGAAGAUUUCUGAAGACACGGCCAUAUUAAAACUAAGUAAGCUCGUCCCUGGGAACUACACUUUCAGCUUGACUGUAGUCGACUCUGAUGGAGCAACCAGCUCUACCACUGCAAGCCUGACAGUGAACAAAGCCGUGGAUUAUCCCCCUGUGGCCAAUGCGGGCCCCAACCAAGUGAUCACCUUGCCCCAGAACUCCAUCACCCUGUUCGGGAACCAGAGCACUGAUGAUCAUGGUAUCACCAGCUAUGAGUGGUCACUCAGCCCAAGCAGCAAGGGGAAGGUGGUGGAGAUGCAGGGUGUUCGAACACCAACCCUGCAGCUUUCUGCCAUGCAAGAAGGAGACUACACGUACCAGCUCACAGUGACCGACACAAUAGGACAGCAGGCCACCGCCCAAGUGACUGUUAUUGUGCAGCCCGAAAACAACAAGCCUCCACAGGCAGAUGCAGGCCCUGAUAAAGAGCUGACCCUUCCUGUGGACAGCACCAUGCUGGAUGGCAGCAAAAGCUCUGAUGAUCAGAAAAUUAUCUCCUAUCUCUGGGAGAAAACACAGGGACCUGAUGGUGUGCAGCUCGAGAAUGCGAACAGCAGUGUCGCCACGGUGACAGGGCUCCAAGUAGGAACCUACGUGUUCACCUUGACGGUCAAAGAUGAGAGGAACCUGCAAAGCCAGAGUUCUGUGAAUGUCAUUGUCAAAGAAGAAAUGAACAAACCACCUAUAGCCAAGAUAACUGGGAACGUGGUGAUUACCUUGCCCACGGACACAGCAGAGCUGGACGGCUCCAAGUCCUCAGAUGACAAGGGAAUAGUCAGCUACCUCUGGACCCGAGACGAGGGCAGCCCAGCAGCAGGGGAGGUGCUAAAUCACUCUGACCACCACCCGAUCCUCUUUCUUUCCAACCUGGUCGAGGGCACCUACACAUUUCACCUGCAUGUGACUGAUGCGAAGGGGGAGAGUGACAUGGAUCGGACCACUGUGGAGGUGAAGCCUGAUCCCAGGAAAAACAACCUGGUGGAGAUCAUCUUGGAUGUCAACGUCAGUCAGCUAACUGAGAGGCUGAAGGGGAUGUUCAUCCGCCAGAUUGGGGUCCUCCUGGGGGUGCUGGAUUCCGACAUCAUUGUGCAAAAGAUUCAGCCGUACACGGAGCAGAGCACCAAGAUGGUAUUUUUUGUUCAAAACGAGCCUCCCAACCAGAUCUUCAAAGGCCAUGAGGUGGCGGCGAUGCUCAAGAGUGAGCUGAGGAAGCAAAAAGCCGACUUUCUGAUAUUCAGAGCCCUGGAAAUCAAUACCGUCACGUGCCAGCUGAACUGUUCCGACCACGGCCACUGCGACUCGUUCACCAAGCGCUGUGUCUGCGACCCCUUCUGGAUGGAGAAUUUCAUCAAGGUGCAGCUGAGGGCCGGAGACAGCAACUGUGAGUGGAGCGUGUUGUACGUUAUCAUUGCUUCCUUUGUCAUUGUCGUCGCCCUCGGAACCCUGUCCUGGACGGUGAUCUGUUGCUGUAAGAGGCAGAAAGGAAAACCCAAGAGGAAAAGCAAGUACAAGAUCCUGGACGCCACGGACCAGGAGAGCCUGGAGCUGAAGCCCACCUGUCGGGCAGGCGGCAGGCAGAAGGGCCCGACGCCCGGCAGCAGCCUCAUGCGCUCCGAGUCCGAGCUGGACAGCGACGACGCCAUCUUCACGUGGCCCGACCGCGACAAGGGCCCGCGGCCGCAGGGGCAGAACGGCUCGGUGCCCAACGGGCAGGCCCCGCUCAAGGCCCGGGGCCCCCGCCAGGAGAUCCUGUAGCGCGGCUGCCCGAGCGCCAUCCAAGCUGUGAACGAGCGGGCGGCUUCCUCUCCGCCCGAACCUGCUGGGAGCGCCCCGCCCACGCCCCCCCCACGCCCCCGCCAGCCCCUCCCAGCCCCUCCGGGGACGGGACCAGGGACGGGGACCCGGGGACCCGGGGUCGCACCCUCUCCCGCCCGCGGGCACCGCGCAGCCGCCCCGCCGGGUCCCCCGCGUGUCGGACGGCGUCCUCGGGGCUCGGGCUCCCGGGCGGGCGGCGCCCCCAGGACGCGCUUCACACCGCCGCGCUCCCGUCGGGACAGGAUUAAACCAGCUAUUUAAUUGUACGUGUGCGAACCGGCUCCGGCUCCGGCUCCGGCCGCUGCGUAGCCGUGAUGUCACGGCCCGGGGGCGGGGCUCGGGGGCCCGUGCGGGCUGCGGGCACAGAGGGUUCGGCCUCCCCCACCUCGCACUCCCUCCCCCCAGGCCCGGCGCGGACUUGCACCUCUGGGCCCCUGUGCUUCCCGUUAGGAUCCCCGGGGCGGCAGGGGCGGCCCUGCGCCCACCAUCCCUUGGGGUGGGGGGACUGGCGGUUUCUCCGGGUAGAGAAACUGAACUGAGGCCCUGCAGAGCCUGCGUGUGGUCCGGCUCGAAGGCCCCCGGGACCGCACCUGGGAGUCGGGGCACGCGGGGACCCUGACUUCGCGCGGCACCUAGGACUGCCCGGGGCACCCGGGGGCGGGGGCCAGGACGUGAUCACCCACGGGCUUCGCGGUCUCUCUCCGCUUGGGGGAACGCAGGCCCCAUCCCGGGCCCUCCCGACCGCUGCCUUCACCUCCUCACCUCCGAGGACCCUUUUGCAGCCUCUGCUCCUCCCACCAAGGGGGCAAAACUCACACCGUCCUCCCCGGCGAGGAGCCCCGCGCUAGGCUUCCACGACCGGGGCACCGGGUCCCCUACUCCGAGGCUGGGCGCGCUGGGGGCUGGCAGUCGCCCGGCUUCUCCAGGGACACGGCAGCUGCACGAGGGAAGAGAUGGCAGGUCUCGGCAGCGCCGCGCAGGGGACACGGCCCGGAGUCCCCGGAGCGCGACUCGGGAGUAGGACGCGGAAGGACUCGAACUGUGAGCAAACACCGGAUGGGGCUGGGGCCGACGGAGGGCGGAGACCAAGGCGAGGGAAGGUCCGUCCAAAGGCCGCAAAAAACGCUGCUGAGCUUUAGAGCUGAAGUGCCACGUUCGCGGAGGGCUUGAGGAAGCCGCUGCGACCUGGAACUGGACUUCCUAACAUAUACGCCGGAGCUCGGGAGGAGGAAAUCCGCAUCAGUCGAUGAAACAAAACAGGAGCAAAGAGGGGAAAAAACAGCAUUAAAACGUGACCCUUUCAGAUCGGAUAUUAAAACCACUGCCACUACUUCCAAACACAAGUUAACAGGUUGGAUGUACUCGUUCAACUAUUUAUAAGUGAGGGACCUAAGAGGUGACAUCCCAAGACUGGGGGAAAAGGACAGUAAGGAUCCUUAGGGGCUUUGGUUCCUAUUAAGACAACGAAGUGGCAUAGGCUCUGGGUCCCUUCCCCAAAAAUGGACUUAGAAUUACAAUAUAGCUUAGGAACCACCACCAAACCUACAAGAAAUCCGUCCCGGACCUGUAAGAACCCCGAGCAGCCUGGAGUCCCCACAGGCAGGGAGACCAGGCAGCAGGGAGAAGCCCACCCUUGUAGUACUUGUGGCUGUCAGUCAAGUGACCAGUGUCCACGGGACACCGUCGGGCAGCCUAGGAGUUCUGCUCUUGGGAUUAAAAUACCCCCACCCCCUCACCCCCCCGCAGAGCCCUGUGGCUGGCAGAGGACAAAGGUGAAGGUGCUUCCCGAGGGUCUGAAGGUAAAUCUCCGAACACGACCCGGCGGAGUGCCCCCCGCUGACCGGGCUGGCCCGUCGCUGUCGGCAGGGCCUCGCCUUCCCCUUCACUCACUGGGAGCGACGGCUUAGGCCCCCGCCCUGGCCUUUCCUCAAUAAACGUUACCAAAUAGGAGCUAGUGCGCUGAAGGGACAGGGGCUCGUGGGCCACAGUAACCGGAUGCUGCCUGAGGAGGCCAGUCCUCGGUCCUGAAGACGCAAACUAAACAUGCACACCAGCCAAGAAACUAAAAAUAAAAUAAAUAUACAAGGAAAUAUUAGUAAUAUGAACCAGGAACAAGGACCAUGUUGAAAAUAGUACAAAAAUCAAUGAAUGAGACACAGGGACACAUAUAGGUCAAAACUAAUUAGCUGGUAAUAGGAAGCAGGAAAAGACAGACACACAGCAGGCAGUCCAGGGACAGAGCAGUAGUGUCCACAUCUGAAUAACGGCGUCCUAGAAGAGAAGAAAAGUGGAAAAGGAAAUACCUGAAGAAAUGAGAAACUGGCCAGAAUUAAAGAUGAAAAAACUCAUGGAUGAAAAACGUACAGAAAACAUACAAACAGAAACACUAGACUGAAAGACAUUUAAGACCAUCUAAGAAAAGCAAAACUUCUGACAGCUCCUACACAGAGAGAGUAGAUCAAUUACGGAGAGGGAUCAGUCGGGCACCAGGUUUCUUAAUAGUAUUUAGGUGAGAGACAAAGACGUUCCCAAAAUGCUGAAGGAAAAGAACUUUGAACUCAAAAUUCCUAUCAAGACAAAUUCAUUUAAGUAUGAGGAUGCAAUAAAAAAUACUCUCUGGGGGAUCCCCUGGUGGCUCAGCGGUUUAGCACCUGCCCUCCGCCCAGGGCGUGACCCCAAGGUCCCGGGAUCUAGUCCCACAUCGGGCUCCCUGCAUGGGGUCUGCUGCUCCCGCCGCCUGUGUCUCUCUCUCUGUCUCUCAUGAAUAAAUAAAUUAAAUCUUUAAACAAACAAACAAACAAAAACUCUCGGGGCACCUGGCUGGCUCAGUUGGUGGAGCAGGCAACUCUUGCUCUUGGCGUUAUCAGUUCAAGCCCCACACUAGGGGUAGAAUUUACUUAAAAAAUAUUCUUGGGGCGCCUGGGUGGCUUAGUCAAGCGCCUGCCUUUGGCUCAGGUCAUGAUCCCAGGGUCCUCGGAUUGAGCCCCACACCCGGCUCCCUGCUCUGCUGGGAAGCCUGUUUCUCUCUCUUUGCCUGCAGCUCCCCCUGCUUGGGCUCUCUCUGUGUGAAAUAAAUAAAAUCUUUUUUAAAAAUUUAAAAAAUAAUAUUUUGGAAGCAAAUAUGAAAACUGAAUUUAGACAUGAGAUAUAGGAAACAAAGGUGAGCAAAUACUUUGGCAAAAUGUGUAAUUCCAAACAGCUAGGGCCAAUGGAAUACAAAAUGAAGUAUAUCAACAAUCCAAAACCAAAAUUCCAAAGAAUAUCAGCAUGGUAGAGUCGGGAAGACCAAAGGAACAUAAAAGACUCUAACUUGUCUCCUCCCACAGACACAAAACACAUCAACAUAAGUGACCCAGAAAGUGAUCCAAAGCCUAGGAAACAAACUGCACAACUAAAGGCAGGGAAAGGGCCACACGGAGGCGGCGGCAGCUGGUGGGCAACAGUCUCCCGCCAGGGGAGGGUGAUCUCCGUAACACUUGCCUGUGAAAGUGACAGGGGCCAAAUUUUGUUACGUUCUCACAACCAGAGGAUUUAACACCUAGGGGUUUAGCACUCCGGUGGCUCAGCGCUGGGAGAGCCCAGAGGGCCUUAGGAAGCAUCUGGGCCCUAGAGAGACCACACAGCCAGUGCAAAUACGGCAGCGAAGUGGCAGUUUGAAGAACCCUAAAGGGUGAGGGAUUUGCUCAUCUUAGAGCACGGCCUGGAAGGACAGGGAUGGGAGGAAGAUCCUCCAGGAACAAAGGAGCUGGGAGGUACCACUGCCUCCUACCCGCGCCCCCCCCCCCACUUCUGCAGGUCUGCC